AAACUGGGGUCUCUUUGGGGACCGGUAAAUACAUWGUGUCGUAAGUGGACACCAGCGGUGAAGCAUCAUGCCGACAGUGGUGCUAAUGGACGUGUCCCUGUCCAUGACACGGCCGGUGUCUCUGGAUGGCAGCGAGGAGUUUCAGAGGAAGAACCUGGCCGUACAUGGACUCAACAUGUUAUUUGAACACAUGGCCUCCAACUAUCGUUUGGAGUUCACAGCACUGAUGGCCUUUUCCUCCCUCUGGGAGCUACUGGUCCCUUUCAAUAGGGAUUACAAUGCCUUACAGGACGCACUCAGCAACCUGGAAGAUUAUGAUAAGACGUGUAUUGAAUCAGCUCUGCAUGGAGUCAGUAAUGUAGUUCAGCAGGAGUGGGGAAGUGCCUGUCCCUGUCAGGUGGUGCUGGUUACUGACGGAUCUCUCGGUAUUGGAAAAGGUUCCCURCGUCACUCACUCCAAAACCUGAAGCAGCGUGGAGAUGACAAGAAGUUCCCACUUCCUUUUCCCUUCCCCACCAAAAUGUAUAUCAUGUGUAUAGCCAACGCAGAGGAGUUACAGAUGACUGAUGCCAUGGAAAACUUAGAGGAGCUACUUCGUCUGAGUGGGGGGGAUGGGCAGAUCUUCACCGUGGACGGACCCCUUUGCAUGAAGACCGUACAAGCCAUGUUUGGCUCGUUGAUUGAUUAUGCGUACUCCCCCUUCCACGCGGUGCUGCAUUGUGGGAAUUUGUCAUCCGACGUUCAGGUUUUCCCUCGCCCUGAGCCUGUCGUAAUGGAUGAAGAGGUGGAACCCAUUCCCCGGACAGUCAACACAGAUCUUGAAAUUGUGGGUUUCAUUGAAAUUGCGGACAUUUCCAGUCCUCCUGUAAUAUCCAGACACUUGGUCCUUCCUAUUGCUGUAAAUAAAGAUGUGGAUGAAGUUGGCACAGGAACUACAGAUGAGCUCGAGGAGGAACCUUCUGCCAGUCAGAUGGCCGGCAAAAGCCCCAACUUCUGUGUUCUUUUACAUGGAAGUCUGAAGGUUGAGGGGAUGGUGGCGCUGGUUCAGCUGGGGCCAGAGUGGUACGGGAUGUUGUACUCUCAGGCAGACAGUAAGAAGAAGUCCAACCUGAUGAUGUCUCUGUUUGAACCUGGUUCAGAGCCUCUGCCUUGGCUGGGCAAGAUCUCACAUUUAGGACCAAUUUCAGAGGCWGCUGAAAAUCCCUACGGAGAGGAUGACAGCAAAAGUCCCUUUCCUGUGCAGCCACAGGUCAAACGAAGCUACGCCCAGAAUGUCACUGUGUGGAUUAAAGCCAGUGGACUGCAGACUGAUGUCCAGAAGAUCCUGAGGAACGCAAGAAAAUUACCUGAUAAAACUCAGACUUUUUAUAAAGAGCUGAACCGACUGCGGAAAGCUGCUCUGGCUUUUGGUUUCUGGGAGCUCCUGAAGGGAGUGGCUGAACUUCUGGAGAGGGAGUGCACUCUGCUGCCAGACUCGGCCCACCCUGACGCUGCUUUCCAGCUCUCCCAYGCCGCUCAUCAGCUCAAACUAGCCAGCUCCGGCGACUCCCAGUACGCUGCUUUUGAGCACAACAUUCAACCCAUGCAUACAGACUUUUCAAGCUGAUCCAACUCUUGUGAAUGAGUUGUAAAAAAAAAUUGAACUGAUAUGGGACGGUUCAGGUGCAUCCAGAAGGUGGUUUAGARAACCAGUUUCUGGAAAAUGAAGACAUUAGCCUGUGUACAUAUUUUUUACAUUUUUAAUUUUCAUUCCAAGACAUAAAUUGCUCAACAAACUGUAUAAAUCAUCAGAAUAAGAAGAUGAGACUGCACUGUUUUUGAUGAGCCUAACGGCGCAUAUGAUUUGAGCCCAGCAGUUUUUGUAAUUGGUCAAAAAAAAAAGAUUAAAACCAUAAAAUUGUUACAGAUAA